AUCAAGUAUAAAAGGAUCACGCAGAACAAUCAGAGCAUCAGUUGUUGUUUUAACGCUUUAGUCUGAUAAAUUGGCUGAAUAAGUAAAACUUCGAAACUAAACAUGCAAGCAGUAUUUUCGUUGGCAUUUGUGUUGGGUGUUUUGGUGGCCAUCACCAUUGCGGGAGGACCACCAUCUGAAGAAAAGAAGAAAAUUAUUGAUGAGUGUAAGGCUCAAGAGAAAGCUACCGAUGACGAUGUACAGCAGCUGAUGAGCCAUAAACUUCCCAACGGACCAAAUGGCAAAUGCUUCUUGGCAUGCAUAAAUGAGAAAACUGGAGUGAUCAAGGAUGGCAAAAUCAAUGGUGAUAUGUUGAAAGCAAAUAUUCUGAAGGAGAAUGGCGGUAACGAGAAAGCGGCCGGCUCAGUUAAUGAAAUGGUUGCCGAAUGUCAAGGAAUUAAUAAUCCACAACGUUGUGAACUCGCAUUCCAACUGAUGGAUUGCAUGAUGAAAUCCUAUGCCAAAUAUGGAAAUCCAAAACAAAUGUAAUUUGUCAUUUGUACCUAUCUAAUCUAUCCGAGUUCUAAUGUUUAACCAUUUUAUCUAAAAAUCCGAAAUAAAUAUUAUUUGUGUGAAUGCAUAUUGAAAA